AUGGCGAAUCUCUCUGGAGUUGAGAACAUGCAGAAGAAGUUGGUAGGGAGCCUGACACAUAAGAUGACAGAAUUUGAAGACAGGCUAAAGGCUGCAUCAAAUCCUACUAACUUAACACUUCUGCAACUACAAAAUGAAUACUACACCUUCAAGGAAUUGGUCUCGUCUGUGUUGAAACUUAUGCAGCAACAGAUUCAGGAGUGUGUUGAAAGUUUGGACUACAUCAAUAUGCAUAAACGAAGGAAAGCUCUGGUUUUCAACGGCAUAGUGGAGUCCUCGAAUGAAAACAUUAUGCAAAAAGUUCUGCCAUUGCUGCAUGAGAAAAUGGGCCUCACUAAUAUUGAUAACUCAUCCAUUAAACAGUGCUACAGACUUAAUGCUCCACUUGGAAACCGACCAAGGCCCGUCAUUGUGUACUUUUGUGAACAUCAUAUAAAAAAUCAAGUUUGGAAUGCAAAGUCGAAAUUGAAAGGUUCAGCUAUUUCUGUAAGUGAGUUUUUGACUAAAACCAGGCAAUCUAUACUUAAGAAUGCCCGUAAUCAUUUCGGCAUGAGGAAUGUCUGGUCCUAUGAUGGUGCAAUUUAUAUUAAACUAGCUGAGGGACGUGCCAAAAUCACCUCGCAGUUAGUGUUGGAUGACUUAAUAGCUAAAUUUCCAGAUAUAAAUUUAUCUUCUGUCGCUGCAGAACCUCCAAGUACAUCCCAGGUUAAACAAGUGGCUAAUGCUUCUCCCCCAGUCCAGUUGGAAAAAGUGCAGCGUCUACAGCCAACUUCGGUGGCAUCAGGAAAUGCUAUGAAGACUAGACGAUUUGCAACCAAAAAG